CCAUUAUUUUGUUAUAUGAGAGAGAGAGAGAGAGAGAGAGAGAGACCAACAGAGCAGCAAGUCUACAGCAAAACCAACCCCAACUCACCAAUCACCUUAUCCAACCGACUACCCAAUCCCCCUCCAUCCCCCUCCUCCUAUCUCUCUCAGCCUGCUCAUGUCAACCAAUUAAAAUCCUGCAAAUUGCCAAGCUCCGAUGGCAGCCCUCCUCUCCUGCCACUACUCUGCUGCUUCUCCAGCUUCCUCCUCCUCCACCAAAUUCUUCAGCCGCCUCCGCACUCCCUUCCCAAUUUCCCACAACCACCUUGCCACCCGCCGUUCUUCCCCACUCCCUAUUCGAUGCCAGAUCCAUAAUCAACAGCAGAAAGAGAAGUUAUUCUCCAUCAAGGAGUGCGCGAUUUCAAUAGCGUUGGCGGUGGGAUUAGUGACAGGAGUUCCUGCAUUGGAUUGGUGUAGCAAUGCCUAUGCGGCGGCUAAUCCAGUGGUGCCUGAUCUGGCUGUACUGAUCUCUGGACCGCCGAUAAAGGACCCGGGGGCAUUGCUGAGGUAUGCUCUGCCUAUUGAUAAUAAAGCUAUCAGGGAAGUACAGAAACCGCUUGAAGAUAUCACUGAGAGUCUCAAGGUAGCUGGGGUCAAAGCACUCGAUUCCGUUGAAAGGAAUUUGAGGCAGGCAUCUCGAGCGCUGACACAGGGGAAGUCUGUAGUUGUAUCUGGAUUAGCUGAAUCGAAAAAGGAACACGGAGUUGAAUUGCUUGCCAAGCUGGAAGCUGGAAUGAAGGAGCUUCAGCAGAUUGUGGAGGAUAGAGAUAGAGAUGCAGUAGCAGCAAAACAGAAGGAGCUACUUCAAUAUGUUGGGGGUGUUGAAGAGGAUAUGGUGGACGGAUUUCCUUACCAGGUGCCUGAAGAAUACCAAAGCAUGCCUCUGUUGAAGGGGAGAGCGACGGUGGAUAUGAAGGUCAAGGUUAAGGACAAUCCCAGCCUUUCUGAUUGUGUCUUCCGUAUCGUCCUUGAUGGUUACAACGCCCCUGUAACUGCCGGGAACUUUGUAGAUUUGGUGGAACGACACUUCUAUGACGGCAUGGAAAUCCAACGAGCGGAUGGUUUUGUCGUACAAACUGGUGACCCUGAAGGACCUGCAGAGGGUUUCAUAGAUCCAGGUACAGAGAAAACCAGGGCAAUACCAUUAGAAAUCACGGUCGAGGGAGAGAAAUUACCUUUCUAUGGAGAAACCUUGGAAGAGCUCGGGCUAUACAAGGCACAAACAAAGCUUCCGUUCAAUGCAUUUGGAACUAUGGCUAUGGCGAGAGAUGAAUUUGAGGACAAUUCUGCUUCCAGCCAAGUGUUCUGGCUGCUCAAGGAAAGUGAGCUAACUCCAAGCAAUUCCAACAUAUUGGAUGGUAGGUAUUCAGUGUUUGGAUACGUCACACAGAACGAAGACUUCUUGGCAGAUUUGAAAGUUGGUGACGUUAUAGAAUCGAUCCAAGUGGUUUCUGGCCUGGAAAAUCUUGCCAAUCCAAGUUACAAGAUUGCUGGCUAGAGACUAUUCUGUACUAUGUAAAUUUAUUUCGGGAUCCGGCAGACCGUCGUAUUGUUUUGAGAGAAUUUGCAGCAUUUGUUUGGAGGGUGUAAUGUAUUCACUUGGUGUUUUCUUAAUAAACCAACAUCAUUCCGACUCAAAAA